AGAAUGACUCAUCUCCGUGCACAUCCAGAAAUUUGAUCUCUGCUUUUAUGAUGGCAUCAACCACUAGCAGCAGUGAGGCUUUCCAAAACCGUGAAAUUGAAAGAGCUUUAAAUUUGUUAGGCAAGGAGAAUCAAGCUCGAGCUAAGAUUUAUGACAAGUUACAAGAAAGAAAGGUACCCAAAAGAUUUCGGGCACUUAUCGCGCAACUCUUGGACAGUUUUAAUUUACAUAACCAAAAUGAACUUCUGGACUCUGUAUUAUAUUGAUUUUCUUGACAGAGAAAACUUAGCUGAGAAAAUAAGAAGUCAACUACCCUAUCCAUAUUCAUAUGAGUCAAGGAGAAGGAAAUUUGAAUAUACGGAACAAACUUUCUUGGAUUUAUAUGGUACAAGUGAAGCAAAACCGAAUGAACCUCUAUCGAUUAAGACUUUAUAUUGCAAGACAAGACACAAGAAUAAUUGUUUAGCUGAUGAAAAGAAGAUGUUUCGGGAGAUAACAACAGCAUUAAAGAUAAAAGAGAUUGAAAGUACCAAAGAUGCCAAAGUAGUUUACAAUAAGGUUCUCUACAAUCAAACACGUUUUACGGGAAGGACGUCCAAUGCCAACGUGGAAAGGCUGAAACAAAAAAUGCAAGUUAUUACAAAGGACAUUAGAUCUAUCGAGAACCAUUUAGAAAGAAUAAACAAAAAGAAAGACCAAAUUUAUGCACAACUUCUUAUACUCCGUAAACCAAAUAUUUUAUGAUGGAUUAAUUGCGUGGAAAUACAAUUGAUCGAAGUACAUUGUCAAAGUGAGCUCAUAUUUAUUUUUUUCCCCGUUUAGAACUAAAAAGAAAGUUCACUCAUUAACC